AUGAAUGCUCCAGAUAGAUUCGAGCUAUUUCUGCUGGGAGAGGGGGAAUCCAAGUUGCAGAUCGACCCUGAUACCAAGGCUCCCAACGCUGUGGUUAUCACAUUUGAAAAGGAAGAUCAUACGCUAGGUAACUUGAUAAGAUCGGAAUUGUUAAACGAUUCCAGAGUGCUGUUUGCAGCAUACAAAGUAGAGCAUCCCUUUUUUGCUAGGUUCAAAUUAAGAAUUCAGACGGUAGAAGGAUAUGAUCCUAAGGAUGCUUUGAAAAAUGCAUGUAAUAGUAUAAUCAGCAAGUUAGGUGUACUUAAAGGUAACUUCGAAACAGAAUGGAACUUGCAAACAUUGGCAGCAGAUGAGAAUAUGGGGAUAUAG